AGCCGCCCCGGAAGACCUCGGGGGCUCUUUUGCCUCUUUCGGCGGGCAUGGCGUUGCUGUUGCUGUUGCCCGGCCGGCGUUGUUGCUGCCGCCUUGGCGGCUCCGGCUUGCGUUUAGGACUUCGCCGACCUCCCGUACCCGCUGCUUCCCUUCACCGGGCUUUACGCCCACCAGAGCCUCCCCCGUGGCCGGCCCUAAGACUUCCAGUGUGCCAUUUUUCUUCAAAAGCAAAUUCAAACAAGCUUACCUCUGCUUUGGUUUCAAAAAUCAAAUACCUGAAUCAUCAGUAUGAAAGAUAUUUGGAAAGGAAAUUCCCACGUUUCUAUCAGCUAUAUUCAACAUUUUUAAAAGGCUUACAGAUUUUCUUUUCAGAAGCAAAAGAAAUAAGAAGAAUAAAGGCAGACAUGUUAAAUAAAAAUAUCCAGUUCCAUCAACUUCCAUACAGGGAAAUGGAGAGACUAAGACAGUUUCGCAGGGACCUUAUUAAAGCCAUUCCUGUCGGGAUUCUCUCUCUUCCACCCUUUGCCAACUAUUUUGUUCUUUUGCUUAUGUAUUUAUUCCCAAGACAGCUCUUAAUACGCCACUUCUGGACUCCUAAACAACAAGCUGAGUUUCUGAACACUUACCACAAUAUGAGGAGGGAGGCAUAUACUGAAGUGAUUGAUGGUCUAACACAUCUAUCUCACUUCUCAGAUGAUCCUCAGCUUCGCCAACGGAUGCUAUACCUCUGUGAAAAGGUUCAGGAAGGAUUACAUCCAGAUAUAACAGAGCUUAAAGCUGUGAGGAGUUUAUUUGUGGGGCAUCCUUUUGGUAUCCAACAGCUCACGGUUCAGCAUGUGAAAGUUCUCAGUCGUGUUUUGUUCCUGACGCCUCGCUUGCCAUCUUUCUUCCUGAGAAAUCGCUUGAGGAGCCAUCUCUCUGAGCUGCAUUAUCUGGACCAAGCAAUGGUGAAACUAGGAGUAAGCCAACUGACAGAUGAGGAAGCGCAAGUGGCAUGCUAUACCCGUGGCUUGAAUUCCAUUCAUCUGGAUCCAGAAGUUUGUAGGCUCUGGUUGAACCGGUGGCUAUCACUCUCCAGUUCACUAAGAGACUCUGAGGCUUCACUCUUGGCACACGCGAUGGUCUUACUUUCUAUCAACUUCACCCCUUCCUCUAAGAGGUAACCGGAAACAGCCCCUUCUGGAUUAUUGAAUAUAUGCUGUAUAUUGUCUGUUGGCUGAACCAGAAAGGGGAAUACAUUUUAUUUUCAUUGACUCAGAAAAAAAGGGUGUGUGUGGAUGGGUUGGAAGGCAAGAAUCCAGCAGAAGACACUCCAGUGAAUUUGUUAGUGUAGAGGUGACACUAGAAGAAAACAUUGCAGUACUAAUAAAAUUCUCCCACUAACUGUUUUGAGUGAAGACAAUUGCUAAGAUACGCAACAAAAUACCUCUGCUGUAUAUUUCACUAACUUUGCAUUUAAGCCUGGUUCACUUAUGAUCUUACAGGUCUCUUUCUUGGAUUGUCAAAAUAUAUGACUGUUCAGGCUUGCCAGUCCAAAAUCUUGCUAAUAAUGCUUGAGGCAAAUUCUUCUGUUGGAAAGACACAUCAACUCCCUCAAAUGGCUACAAUGAAGUUUGUUUCAUAUUGGCCAGGAACCCGUAUAAAUAUAUUUU